AUGCAGGCAGAGUUGCGAGCAGCUGUGUUUUUGGCAUUAGAAGAACAAGAGAAAGUAGAGAACAAAGCACCUCUGGUAAAUGAAAGCUUGAAAAGUUUUUUAGGUACAAAAGAUGGUCGCUUGGUAGCAGGUCUCGUUGCAGAAUUUCUACGGUUUUUCAAUCUUGAUUUUACAUUGGCUGUUUUUCAGCCUGAAUCAAGCACGCUAAAUGGCCUUGAUGGUCGAGAAAACUUAGCUCGAGAUUUGGGAAUUACAGAAGCAGAAGGUACUGGGGGUGGUCCCCUGUUGUUGGAGGUUGUUAGAAAAUGUCAGCAGAAAAAGAUUUCAGGCAGUGGAGAAGUGGCUCCAGUUCUAAGCGAUAGCCUGUGCCCCACAUCAAAAUCAUCUGAUGGAAGAUCAAGUACACACCCUAUACCAAAUAAUAAGGCUGCUGAAACUACUCAAAGUGAUACAAGUGUCUCAUCAGGGGAAGCAAGCAAAAGGAGCAUUCAUUUUCUGCCUAAUGAAACAAAACUAGAUCCUCAACUAGAAAACAAAGACUUAAAUACCAAAGAAAAAAGUGAUCCAGGUGUGGAUGAAGAUGAUGUAGAGGGAGAUUCUUUUUUUGAUGAUCCUAUACCCAAACCAGAAAGAACUUAUGGCUGGAAAACUGAAGCUAAUAAAGCAGGAGGUCUAGCAUCCCUUUCUGAUGCACCGCCUCUAAAAAGUGGGUUAAGCUCCCUGACUGGCGCACCUUCACUAAAGGAGCCUGAUAAUGUGAAUAGAAACUCUGUUUUGAAAGACCUGCGGUUGGUGAAUGCAAAACUGGGAUCACUAGAAUUAGGAAAUGGAGAUGACGAUGAGUAUGCUGAUGACUUCAACAGUACUAGUCAUCGCUCAGAAAAAAGUGAUAUCAGUAUUGGUGAAGAAAUAGAUGAAAUUUCCGUGGAAACAGAAGAGUCAAAUGCUAGUGAUAAACUUGAAGGCAUCACGCAAGACCUUACCAUUUCUCAGUUAAGUGAUGUUGCAGAUUACCUAGAAGACGUGGCAUAGAAUUGGACAGCAAAAAUGUUUCAUUGUGCUGGACUAGAAGACUGCUGUGGACUGUUAAUUUCAGACAAUCACUUUUUGCUGGAAUGUCCACUCCCUAUUUGUGCCUUGUGUUUCAAAAAGACUGUAGGUGGAGAAGGCUUUUAAAUAUUCUUAACAAGAACUAAAUGAAAUAGUGCGUUCCCUUUUGAGUCUGAUAUCAGAAUUAUUUUCUUCAUCUGGUUCAGCCAAACAUUUUACAGCAGAAGAUGGAUUUUCCGAGCAGAAUGUCCAUUGCUGGCAGUGGGCAUAAUAAAAACCAACUGAUAAGAGAACAUCUACAGAGAGGCACGUGGCUUUAUAAUGAACUUGCACUGUUACGCUAACAGUCUGAAUCUUUUUUGAAGAUAACCAAAGCAAGAACUGUCAGAGGUAGUGGUUCAACUCGCACUUCUUUUAACA